GGUAUACAAAUCAAUGAAAUACAUUUAAAAAAAUAUAUAAAAAGAAAAAUAGUUUUAUGACUUUUUGGGGGAAAAAAAAGAGUAAAAAAAUACCUGGAUCAAAGCCGGACGAUAAUGCUUCAAGUGAUUUAGAGAAAGGCUCUAGAAAAAUAGAUAACAAAAUAAACAGUUUGGAAACAGAAAAAUUACCACUAGCAGAGUCAUUGUCUACAUGUUCAUAUGAGAUAAAAAAAAAAUCAUUUUUUAAACGUAUUUGUCAAAAUAAAAAGGAAGAAAUGCUUUCAAGAACUCCAAAAUCAGAUGAAGAUAUAAAAAAUGCGAGUAUUCCAAAAAUCAAUGUUGAUACAACUAUUUAUUCAACAUCAAUACGCUCACCUUCUCAUAUUUAUAAAAAUAUUCAGCAUGCUUCACCUAAUAGUUCUAUUUUUGACAAGUCACAUGUUUUUGAACGAUCAGUAGACUAUUCAUCUUUAGCUUCUCCAUCAACUUCUAUUUCGUUUACGCCGUCCGUUUAUAAAAUAAAUUUAAUAGAUUCUACUCACCAGCAGCGCAUGGUGGAUAAUCAUGUACCUACUGUAUUAGAUGCUAGUAUGGAGAUUUUAAAUGAUUCUACUGACAUGGACAAUAUCGAAAUUGUUAGUAUAAAACGUUUAUGUUCUCCUGCACUUUCAUCUGAUACAUUUCAACCAAAAGACUCUUUAACAUCUUAUACAUCUUCUUUAUAUACUAGAGAAACUUCACUUAGUUUUGUUUCUUACGCAGAUCUUGUUAAUGUGGAUUACUGCGAGACUUCUUUACCUGUUUUAACUUUAUCAGAUAGUUCAAAGAUGUUAGCUCAGCGCUCAGAUCCAGAGUAUGUUUCUUUAAAACAAACUUUACUGGGAACAGAAGUUAAACGACUACUUUCUAAUACCGAUAAUGUCUCCAACAUAUAAUUUGAUCUAAGUAAUUUUCACUUUUAA